AUGGAGUCUUCUGCUCUCCUCCCUGUUCAGGUGUCGGGGAGCACCAGCUGGGAGUCUCCCAGGGCUCUGUUUAUCUCCUCGGGCUCCAUCAUGUCGUGCUUCACCCAGCUGUGGCACUCCAGCACCCCGGACUCUCCGACCAGCCCAGUGCCUUCAUCCCCAAGUGAAAUCCCCAUCCCCAUCAGCCCCAUCGUUGUCACCUCCCCAGGAGAUGGCAAGAGGAAGGCCAGAUCCCCCACUGACAAGCCAGGCUCUCCACCCAACCUCUCCAAAGCAGCAUCUCCUGUGGAGUGUUCCAUCUGCUUCAACACCUACGACAACACCUUCAAGACUCCCAAGCUCCUCCAGUGCUCUCAUGUCUUCUGCCUGGAGUGUGUGGCUCGUCUGAGCACGGGGCUCCCCAAACCACCCGAGGAUCAGCUUCCAUGUCCCUUUUGCAGGCAGCUCACCAACAUCCCCCUGGAAGGGGCUCCAGCCCUCCAGACCAGCAAGGAGCUCCUGGCCACGCUGCCCCCCGAGCUGCAGCAGGAGAAAGUCCUCUGGAUGGAAGGCACCAAACUCUGCUGCCGCCAGUCCUCUGAUGACCCAGAGAACCCAGACUCCUGCAUCUCCAUCGACGUGGCCAUGAGCAAGCCAGAGAGCCCAGAGGCCCCUCCGAGGGGCUUGGCGGGGAGGCUGUCCCGCUGCGAUAUGUGCGACGAUUGGAAACGCAUCGUCCUCCUCUCUGCCCUCAUCAUCAUCCUCUUCUGCAUCAUCCUCUGGCCCGUCCAGUGUGCCCUGAAAACGGGCAACCUCCGCUGCUUCACCAGGACUGUGGCCAUCAGCAGGCCCGAGUACCUUCCCCCCAAACCCACCCCCCCAGCAGCACCCAUCACGUCGCUCCCCUUCCCCUAAGCAGCCCCCUCGGCCUGGGGGGGAGGCAGGAGCAGGUCCUG